AGUAAAUAGUGCAAUGCUGGCUGAUAAUGAUAUUCAUGAGCAACAAACAUUUCAAAACCACAAAAGGGGGCGGAUCUGCAUCGUGUGUGGUGUUUGCAGCAAACAGUCAGAUCAGAGCUACUGCAAGGAAGGCUGCAAUAAAGACUAAAUAUUGUGUAUAGUGUUAUUUAUAUUCCCAGCUCUUAGAUUCUUGCAUUCAUAGCACAGUAUGUUACCACUGAGAGAGUGGAAGCUCUCUCUCCUGUGGUUAGCAGUUCUACUGGGCACGGCAGUUGGACAACAAGAUGGUGGAACUCAUGGAUUCAUCAACUUUGCCCAGUUGCAGUUGGUUGUAAACGAGGGAACUGGACAAACUGGUUUUACAAGUGUGCAGAUCCCGUUAGUACGAGAGGGCGGAGUCACUGGACAAGUAUUUGCUGGAAUUACUAUCCAGAAUGCUAACGACGGGGACUUUCUCGCCACCACAUACGUGGCUAGUUUUGACGAUGGUGUGACCAGCUCAUCCGUCACUGCCUUCAUAGUGGAUGAUGCUUUGCCUGAGGGCAACGAAACCUUCACCGUGGUGAUUGAUGAUGCUAGGAACGGGGCAGAGGUUGGACUCAGGAACACCAUGAUCCUGGUCAUUCAAGCUAGUGACGAACCAUUUGGAGCUGUCCAGUUCCAGGCUGACUCUCUGAGUGUGACAGCUGAGGAGCCUCCCUCUACCCCCACUGACCUGCAGCUGACUGUCACUAGAGGACCAGGCACUUCCGGCAGGGUUACCGUAGAUUACCAGGUGACCUCUGACCCCUCCGGAGCAGACGACCUUGCCUCGUUCAUGGGACAGCUGGUGUUCGAGGAUCAAGAAGCCUCACAAGUAAUCACUCUGACUCUACUACCCGAUAACCUGCCGGAACCAGACGAAGUGUUUACUGUACAACUGUCCAAUCCGCGGGGAGGGGCUACUCUCGCCAGUGACGGCAUUGUUUCUAUGGUAACUAUACAAGAAAACGACUCGCCGCUACAAUGGAGUGUAAGUCUUGUGGAGGUAGUGGAGAGUGUGAGGAGUGUGGAGCUGACUGUGACGAGGGGACUGCUCGAGGGCGGCUCUGUUGUGGGGGACCUAACGCAGACCACCAGUGUCUUAGUGUCUACAGCUAGUGGAACUGCAUCGGCAGGUACGGACUUUGAACCCAUCAGUACGACAGUGAACUUUGCACCCGGAGUCACCACGGAGACUGUAACCGUAACGAUACUCGACGACACUAUACCUGAAGGAGAUGAGAUGUUUACGUUAAUACUCAGCUCUCCCAGUAUGGAUGCUGUUCUUGUACCACCAUCUACCAUCGCCGUGGUAAUAGCGGUCAACGACAAUGCAGGGGGUAUCGUAUCAUUCGCCUCCCCUGGACCAGUCAUCAUACGAGAAGACAGCGGAGAGAUUGGAAGGUUCAUAGUUCAAAGGUCGAUAGGGACCUUCGGAAACCUGACAAUUGAAUGGCGUAUCACGGACAAUGUAAACGAGCAGCUAGCUGUAAAUGAUUUCCAGCCCCCAUCAGGAACCUUGUUUAUACCCGAUGGCGCUAAUGAGGCCACGCUUGAGAUCACAGCAUUUGACGAUGAUUUGCCGGAGGUUGCGGAAGGUUUUGUAGUAGAGCUGGUGAGUGUUACGAGUGGUAACGGCGUACUGACUGAGACGGGUGUGCGGAUGGCCUCACUGAUAAUCACCGAGAGUGACAAUGUGUACGGACUGGUGGAGUGGGGGAAUUCCCUCUCUGUGGCUGCCACUGCCCCUAGAGAGCUGAGGAUGGUCAUACAGCGUAGUCGUGGUGAUAUCGGGAUCAUCUCUAUUGACUACGCCAUCACUUACCUGCCAGUUGGUGCCUCCGACAGUGACCCCAAUGCCGUUGCCUUGGCGAUGGGCUCCGUACAGCUACAGGGUGGACAAUCAACCCGGGACUUUAGCGUGACAAUUCCCAACGACAUGUUCUUAGAACCAGUAGCAGUGUUUAGAGCUAAUAUCACCAAUACCGUUCUCGUUGGUGGAGCCACCCUCCUCAUCCCCUCCGUGGUGUCCCCUAGUGUUGGCCCACGGUCCACUGUGGAUGUGUCUAUACCAGAGAGUGCAGCCAAUGGGUACAUCACCUUUGACCCCUCAUCUCUUCAGGUGUCAGUGGAGGAACCAAUGACAAUCUCCUCACGAGUAUCACUGACAGUCUCACGCUCUGGUUCCUAUGGUCUGGCCGAGGUCACGUGGUUGGUCACUCCCCAGUCAGCUGAUAUCACGGACGUUGGGGCCACCACUGGGUUUGUUAGUAUCCCUGAUGGAGCUAACUCUGCACAGCUGGAGGUUGACAUACUGCCUGAUGACUUUCCAGAAGUCGAGGAGUUGUUCGUUGUUACCCUGGUUACCACCAAUCAGGACAGUCAGAGGAUCCAACAAGAUCAGAACAUUGCCGUGGUGAGGAUUCUCCAGAAUGACGCAGCUGAGGGAGUGUUCUCCAUCAGUCCCUCCACGUCUGGCCCGUUCCUUGUUGAGGAAUCAUUCGAUGACAUCAUCACCAUAGCGAUCAUCAGAGAGGGCGGGGCACUCACCACUGAGACUAUAUUCUACAAUAUUGCCGGAGGAGUGAUCGAAAUCUUUGGAGGUCAAGGGUUCACGACCUUUUCCCCCGGCCAGCGAGAGAGCUUGGUGAAUCUGCUCAUAAAUGACGAUAAUAUUCCUGAAACAAAUGAGACGUAUAUGUUUGAGAUCUCCAGUAGCAACGCCGACAUCAUCGGCAUCCCCAGAGCAGUGGAGGUGACCAUCCUGGCUAACGAUGACUACGCUGGGCUCUUCUUAUUGGACGCUAGCUCUCUGGAUCAGACCCUCGUUGAGCCAAGAGAUGGCGAGACGUCAGUCGCAACUUUCACAGUUGAAAGGUCACGAGGGACAUUCACAGACGUGAUGGUGACCUGGGAGGUCGUGGGGGGCGGGGCUGACCUCCAACCUACAGCAGGUGUGGUCUCAUUCUCUGAAGGUCAAAGUACAGGAUCAUUCGAAAUCAACAUUCUUCCGGACAAUAUGCCUGAGGCUGCUGAAGUGUUCACUGUGCGUCUAGUGACCGCUAGUGGGGCAGCUGCUCUCAGUCCGAGUGACACACAGACAUCGCUAACUGUCGCCCAAAAUGAUGACCCAAUCAGUUUCACCCGGAGCUUCGUACAAGUUGCCGAGGGAGAGGUGGCCGAGUUCAUGGUCGCCAGGGGAGGACAGGCCGCAGAUACAUCUGAGGUAACCUUCUCAGUGAUAUACACGUCUGCCUCUCAAGAUGACGUCACCAUCACCCCUAUCGUUGGCAUAGUGACCUUUUCCCCCGGCCAGACGGAAGCCGUCAUAUCAGUGGGUGUGGUCAAUGAUGCAAUCCCCGAGGAGAACGAGCUCUUGACACUGAGACUAGACUCUGUGACAGGAGAUGCUGUAGUUGUGGAGUCCAAUGACGAGGCUACCCUCCUCAUCACCCCUAGCGAUGACCCCAACGGAGUGUUCCAAUUCGAGACCCCUACAGAGGAGGCAGUGGAGGGAGACGCAGUCACUCUCACGGUGGAGCGUCUCGGUGGUGACUUUGGAGUGGUUAGUCUCUCUUGGACUGUCUACCAACUCAACGGUUCUGCCCGUAUCUCUGCUGAUGUCAGCGAUAUUUCACCCACCACCAAUUUCAUCACCUUUGACCCCGGCAAUCUAACAGCUGACAUAAAUCUGAAUAUUGUCGAUGACUCAAUUCCUGAAUUGUCCGAAACUUUCGAGAUCGAAUUGACCAUUUUUAACGUCAUAGGAGAUUCUGCUGACGGUGCUAGAAUAGGUGACAUUGGCAUUUUGACGCUGACUGUUGCCCCUAGUGAUGACCCCUACGGACUCUUCUCUGUCGGCAACAGCUACGUUGAGGUUGCUGAAGAUGUACCCACUAGCAAUCCUAGUCUGGGUAACCUCUCUUUGGAUAUUUUGAGGGGGGCGGGUACCGUCGGCCAGGUUACUGUUGUCUGGGAGAUAUUAUCCGAGGCCCUUCCAUCUUAUACGGAUCUGUUCCUCGUUGGUGAGGGUGUGAGUGGUGUGACCGAUGUGACUGCCCGCCCACACACUGGAACACGAGCGCUCAACUUCCGAGGACAACCGGGUGACCUGUUGAGCGUGCCCAGUGCAGAGCAGCCCAUCCUCUCUAACCAACUGACCAUCAGUUUGUGGCUCAAACCUUCAUCUGGGAUGUCUGGAGUCCUUGUCUCCCAGGCAACAGGUUCCACCCCCAUUUAUCGGCUCUCUCUGAUAGCGGACAGUGAUAACUUCAUUGUCAGAUUCUCUUAUCAGUCUGGAGGAUCUCUACUCUCUGUUGAAACCUCCGUAUCACAGAGCUCUCUAACAGAGGGGGCGUGGCACUCCCUUGUCAUCACUGCGACCAAUCAGAUCGCUUCGUUCUAUGCAGACGGAAUUUUCCUCACAUCGAGGACGUUGACAGGGCCGACAUUUAGUGGGCGUGGUCAACUGACAGUGGGUGGAGUCCCAGGCGGCAUAUCAACCAGUGACUUCUUCAGUGGUGACCUCCAGGACGUGCGUAUCUUCUCCACAGCUCUUAGUCAGAGGCAAGUUACGGCUCUUACUGACGACCUUGCUGCUCAAUCCAUCACUCCCAUCUCCGGCUAUCUCACUUACCCACCCGCUGUUACCGUAGCAACCAUCAGUGCCGCAACUAUUGAUGACGCUACCCCAGAACCGAGUCUAGAGUUCGUUAUACAACUAGCAAACACAGUGGGUGGAGCUAGAAUUAACCCUUUCGGCUCUACCACUAUUCUGAAUGUACUCAAGAGUGACUCUAGUAACGGUGUGUUUGGAUUCGAUCCUUCAGCUGUCGCAACAACGACCACCGAAGCUACGAGGCUGUCCCUGCUAAUCACAAGAACAGGAGGUUCCUUUGAGGGCGUGUCCGUCUCAUGGGAGGUUCGGCAAAACGGGGAGUUGGCUAGCUUGGACUUUGAACCCUCCUCAGGACGUGUAGUGUUCUCCGAGGGUCAGCUGACGGGCUCUCUAAACGUCACUGUCAUUGAUGAACUAGUACCAGAGUUGCUCGAGACAUUUACCAUCACUCUUACGUCUGCUGUUGCCGAUGACAACCAAACAAGCUCCACCCCCUUAAGUGGUGCGAGUAUCGAAACAUCUUCCUCCCAAUCUGUGGUAACGGUUGUUGAAAACGAUUCUCCGUACGGUCUAUUCCAGUUUGUAACAUCGCCCCCUCCCCCUGGCGUUCCAAUCACCCCUGCAACAGAGCAGCCUCAACUUUUUGUGGACGAGUCUGUUGGCACGGUAGCAGUGUACGUGGUGCGUGCUCAAGGUCGCCUUGGUAACUCGGCUGUAGAGUAUAUAACCAGUGAAGGCUCGGCUUUGAGCGAGGGAGGUGCUCCAGACUUUGUACCCACGGCUGGAUCACUGGACUUCAUUGGAGAGGGUGUGGUACAGAUGGUCACUGUGACUGUGUUGGACAACCAACUACCUGAACUGCAGAAGACCUUCUACGUCAACCUCACCAACCCCAGUGGAACUGACGGUACUCCUGACCUGGGUGUGGGCAGCACUCUGGCUAUACACAUACAACCCAGCGAUGACGCUUUCGGGAGGUUCAACUUCGACUCUGACUCUCGAGCCCUAGUGGUUGCCGAGCAACAAGGGGGAACCCCUGUCACACUGAGCGUGCUCAGAGAGGGUGGUGUGUUCGGAGAUGUUAGCCUGUACUGGAGAGUGAGUCAAUCUGGAGGGUCAGAGGUCAUCGACAUUACUCCCAGCGAAGGAACGCUAACGUUCUCAGAAGGAUCCAAUACGGAGGAUAUUCAACUGACGAUCAGAGAUGAUCUGAAUGCUGAGCUUCGUGAAGUGUUCACAGUCACACUGAUUAACGUCACUGUGGGAGCUAGCCUGGGGCCAUUUAGUGCAGGAGUCAUCACCAUAGAGGCCAGUGAUCAUCCUUACGGCUUGUUCACGUUUGCACCACCCCCCUCUGGAGUUGCCGAGGGGCAAGAGGUCGUUGUCACGGUGAUCCGAGAGUUUGGUACGGUGGGUCAAGUGAGUGUGGGCGUUGUCUCCGUGGAGAGUACGGACACGAGACUCAACAGUCUCCAGCUGGACCUGGGAGCACUGGGAGGGGAGGGUCGACUGGCUCUCCCUGGUGUGGACUAUACCUCCAUUGACACGACCCUCACCUUCGAGCCUGGACAAACCACGGCCACCCUCUCACUCUCCAUCCUACAAGACAGCCUCCCUGAGUUGGGGGAGCUACUGUUUCUCACCCUCACACGAGCCACUCUAAACACCACGUCUGUGGACGCUGUCGACACUAGCGUACUGCCGCAGGUUGCCCCCGGUAACGAGAGCAUUGCUGUGGAGAUAGCGGAGAAUGAUAAUGCGAGAGGCGUCGUUGAGUUGUCUGCGGUUGCCGUGACAACUGUCGAGCCCUCAGAGCAGAUUUUGUCCAUCGUGAGGAGAGAGGGAACGUUUGGAGAGAUUACUGUCCAGUGGGAAGUUACUCCAGUGACAGCUAGCCAAUCAGAUUACACGCCAAUGGGGGGCACAGUGACCUUUGCCCCCGGCCAGUCAACAAGGCCCCUCCCCCUAGCAGUGGUCGACGACAGUGUGCCAGAAUUUGACGAGAUGUUCACCGUCAGAUUGGUGGGCGUGGUCGGAUCUGCCGUGCUUGGUGAUGUCAUCGUUUCCACGGUUACUAUCGAGGCAAAUGACGAUCCCAACGGUGCCCUAGAGUUUGCCCUUACUGAACUUGAGGUUGCUGAGCCUGAGUCUACUCCUCCUGCCAUAGCCUCCUUUACCGUCCAGAGAGUGGGUGGGGCAGUGGGUGUGGUCGGAGUGGCCUGGACCGUGACGAGAGCUGAUGGCUCAGCUGUGAGUGAUGACGUGCUUCCAGUGUCGGGUACACUGGCGUUUGUUAGCAACAGUCGACAACAGACUAUUCGUCUCUCCGUGCUGCCCGAUACCGUGCCUGAACGAACUGAGGUGUUUGUGGUGCGACUGGGGGCAGUGACUGGAGGUGCUAGAGUGGAGGUGUCUCGCUCAACAGCUACUCUCACUAUUCCUGAGAAUGACAGUCCCUACGGAGUGCUCUCCUUUGCCAGCGAGACAUCUGUUGCCGUGGAGACUGGAGAUGAUGGAUCCUUUGUUACCAUGAUCCCUGUGAUUAGAAGUCUUGGAACGUUUGGAGACCUUCGUCUAACGUACAGUGUCACAUCGACCAAUGCUGCCACUCUGGCUCUAGCCUCAGGCACUCCUCUGUUGGACUUCUACACUGACCCCACCCCCAACACAGCUCUCUCCUCACAAGCACAGCUGCAGACACUACAGGGAUCACUAGAUGAUUGUGCGAGGGGUUGCCUCGGCAAUGAAGCUUGCAGAUCUUUUUCUAUUUCUGGUACAAAUUGUGCGCUGUAUUUCACGUCCAGUUCUCAGGGGGCGGCACCGCUGGUUGCUAUAGGAACAGACUACUACGAGAAGAUCCAGGAAUUGGUGAUGCCGUUUUAUCAAGCAGUGGCAUCUGAAGGAAACGAUUUCACUCCUGUGAUUGGUCAGACAAUCCUCGUCCCUGACGGUGUUGCCACGACAACUAUCCCCGUUACCCUGAUCGGAGACGCACUGCCUGAACUAAACGAGAGUCUUGUGGUGACUCUGUUGGGAGUGGAGCUGGUCACAGAAUCACUGGAGGGUGUCUCGUCCGGUGCACCGUCCCUCGGGGCAAUCACACAGACUAGUCUAAUUAUCCUGGAGAAUGACGACCCUCGUGGGCGGUUUGCCAUAUAUGGAAGUAACGGUGUAGCCGUAACGCGUGUGAGCGAGAGUGAAGCAUUUGAUUUUGGUGUUUCUUUGACGGUUGAGCGACAAGGGGGAACUCUCGGGGAGGUCUCCGUACAAUGGGGUGUGGUCGAUAGCACUGCCGUAGAGGGACAAGACUAUACUGGAACAGGAGCCGUGUUGACUUUUGCCGAUGGCGUUUCUAGGGCAACUGUUGCCUUGACAAUUCUAGCCGAUGAUAUACCUGAGCGAGAUGAAACGAUUCGAGUUGUACUUUCCAAUUCGAUGGGCGGAGCCAGUGUAGGGCCAAUGGGGACGUCCCUCAUUGUCAUUGAGGCUAACGAUGGCGCCGCCGGAGUGGUGGGUUUCGACUCUCUCUCUAGAUCAGCAGUAAUCGGUGAAGGUGAGCAAGGAGGUGUGGAGAUUGUGAGGACCGUGAGUGCCCUCGGGGUUGUACGAGUUGCCUGGCAACUGACAACAGAUACUGGAGAAGACCCCACCAAUGAAUUUGGUAGCACCUCAGGAACUGCCACCUUUCAAGAUGGUGAGAACACAACACAGAUAAUCAUCUCAGUGGCAGCUGACUCACAACCUGAGGUGGAGGAGAGGUUCACUCUGACCCUCACUAGUGUGGACACUCUCAGUGAUGAUGUCGCCCCCUCUGGAUACGCUGUCUUGAAUCCUCUUGCUACCAUGGCAACAGUGACAAUACGAGCCAGUAAUAAUCCUCACGGAGUGGUUGAGUUUCAAUCAAGGUCUGUACGACUGGCAGAGGGCGGGGCAAUGGGUGUGGCUAUUGUCCGACAGUUUGGAGCUAUUGGAGUGAUUGAUGUUGGUUACAUAGUGAUAAACGGUAGUCUCAGAACUCUGGAACUCAACGAGAGCUUGGCCACACCCACUUCAGAUUUUGUAGCGGAGGCGGGUGUUGUGACGCUGGUGGAUGGACAACAGUCAGCUGUGGUACCCGUGAGGGUAGUGAGUGAUGGAGAGCCAGAGUUGGAUGAGGUCUUCCUCGUACAAUUGACCUCUGUGACCCUAGUGGGCGGGGCUACAAGCAACCUCCCACCUUCAUUGGGGGCGGGCAAUGUCAGUGAGGUAAUCAUUCCUGCCAACGAUAGUCCACAGGGAGAGAUGACUUUUGAGCAAGCAACAUACGAGGUGUCCGAGGAUAUUGGCAUAUUCCAGCUGCCCAUUCUACGAGUGCAGGGAUUGGUCGGACAAGUUUCGGUGGUUUAUUUUGUGACAAACGGACUGGCAGUUAUCAAUGAUGACUUUGUAAGCAACCAACUAGAGGAGCUUGUGUUUGCCCCAGGGCAGACACAGAGGAUGGUUUCCAUAGAGAUUGUCAAUGAUGAGAUACCAGAGGUGGCUGAGGAGUUCUGUGUUCAGUUGCAGUUGCCUCGUGCUGGAGUUAUCCUCGGGAACAUCACUACCACUUGCAUAACCAUUGUUGCCAAUGACGAUGCUUAUGGAGUGUUCCGUUUUGAGUCCUCCUCUCUCAUCAGUACAAUCCAGGAGACCUCGGGAACAGCCGUAGACGGAAAUGUUGCUGAACUAAGAGUGACCCGAGGGGGCGGUUUGUUUGGACAGAUCACAGUUCCAUUUGAAGUGAGGGCAGCAGAUACCGGAGAGACUACUACAGCUGACCUCUCACCUCUCAUGGGCUCUGCUCUCAUCUUCAACCAAGAGGACAGUUUCAGAAUCCUUCAACUAGAAGCUAUACAAGACUCUAUCCCCGAGCUAGACGAAGCGUUUACCAUCACGCUACUACCUCCGAUCGAGUUUGGUCGCCUAGCGUCCACCAAUACCAUGGCAACGGUCACCAUAGAGUCCAACCAAGAUCCGUACGGAGUGUUUGAACUUAGUCUAGUGAGUGGCACUACGUCUGUGGAGGAGGACGUUGUUCUGGUGGACUUUGAACUCUCUCGGACGUUUGGUACCUUCGGAAAUGUCUCUGUAACUAUGGAAACUAUUGAUGGAACGGCUCUAUUCUCUACAGGAUCUAGUCUCGUGUAUUCGGCUGUUCAAACGUUGUCUGGAGGAGAGGUGUGGCACUCCCUGAGUGUGGGGGGUGGGCGGACACUGUUGGUGCUGGGGGGAGAGAGUGCAGUGCAGCUGCUAGCAUGGAGGGGAGUCUACACACCCGUCCAGACUCUCCCAGCUACACGUGUUUCAGCCAUUACCUCAUUCUCACCUCAAGAAGGUGUUGAUCUCAUCCUGAUAGCUAAUGGUGGUUCCCCUGGUAACCGUGAGCUCACCGUGGACGUGUACCAAUUCACUGGCCCUGAAUCGAUAGCUCUCGUACAGACUGUGCCAUCACUCGGGGUUACUGAUCUGGGGGCAUUCUCUGCAGGGGGUCAGUGGCACGUGUUGGUUGCCAAUGGUGAGAACAACGCUGGAAGUAGUUUUGUAGACUCCACCCUCUGGAGAUGGAACGGAAGUGGUCUUGAACCAGAACAGACACUGUCCACCAUUGGAGCUUCUGCAGUGGAUGUGUUCUCCCUCUCUGGCUCACUCUAUGUCGUCGUGGGCAGUCUCACGGACAUACGAUCACAGCUGUAUGUCUGGAACGGUACCCUCGGGCUACGUGGCCACUUCGUCUCCAACUCAGUACGAGACGUCCUCUUCUUACCACCUUCUAGUCUAGCUGUCGCCUCCGACACACUAGAGCUGUUGGUGUGGUCAACAGACGCUAACAAUUUCCUGCCAAACUCCACCCUUGAUUCAAAUCAGCCUAUCAGAUUGGAGCUCUUCUCAGAGCAACUAUUUGUAGCCAACGCCAACUCUCCUGGUCAGAUAUUCACAUUCCAGAACGGAACCUGGACAGAAGACGGUGUCUCACUCCCAGUGUCCAGACAUCUCUACCCUCUCACAAUCGAUUCAACAUUCUAUCUCGCCUCCGCUGGGUCGUCCCGUUCUGUUGUCAUGGAAAUGCUGCUGAUUGAUUUGACGGUAACGGACUAUUUUUCUCAAAGUGUUGAUUUUAUAUUUUCCCCCGGAGAGGCUGAGUUGAGGUUUUCUGUUAGAAUUGUAAACGAUUUAAUUCCGGAAAUUAGCGAGACGUUCAGCGUGCAACUUUCCAAUCCAUUGGGCGGAGCCAGAAUUGGGACCAGUGGUGCGAUUACCAUGGAGAUACUGACUAAUGAUGAUGCUCAUGGAUUAAUUGGAUUUGCUGAGGGAUCGUUGUCAGUGAUUGUGAAUGAGGACUCCACCGUUGUCCUGGAGAUAGCGAGAAUGGGCGGGGCUUUUGGACUGGUGUCUGUUGCCUGGGAGAUAUCUGGUAGCCAUGAAGACGGCGAGAUCACUCCAAGUCAAGGAACAGUGACCUUUAUUGACGGCCAGUCACUGUCUACCAUCACCCUGACGAUAGCUGGAGACGUCCAACCAGAGCUCAGUGAAACCACGAUUGUCAGUCUGACUCAAGUCCUAGCUAAUGGCGUCCCUGAGGGAGGAGAUCUCAAUCGAGGGGCAACAAUCAUUCCCGGUCGAGAGCAGGCUGUAGUCACUGUACAGGCCAGCGACGCUCCUCAUGGUGUGGUGUCAUGGUUACCCGCUAUUGUCACGGUAACCGAGGAGGAGGGUGUCGAUAGUGUAGUCAUGUUGUCUCUAGUACGAGAGUUUGGGUCAAUUGGAGCUAUCAUCAUCGGGUACAGCACUAGUGUGGCUUCAUUGUUUCCGAGCGAGCGGCAGGCAGCUGCUCUUGUGGACUUUGUACCCUCAUCAGGAGAGGUGGUCAUGGGUGACGGUGUGAGGGAAGCCAGUGUGGACGUCACCAUCUUACACGAUAAUCUUGCUGAGUUGACGGAAAGCUUCUUUGUGAACAUCACCAGUGUCAGACUAGUUAACGAGGCAGACAGACAGGGGUCCGAGUCAUUAUCCCCUCUGGCUGGCGUAGAAGCCGUUGAGGUGCAAAUAUUGGAGAAUGACGAUAGCCGAGGAUCACUGAGUUUCGCCAUGGCAACAGCGAGUGUUGAUGAGGUCAUAGAUGGGCGUGUUCGACUGGAGGUGCGGAGAGCUGGUGGCACAUUUGGAACUGUGGGAGUGGACUUUUCUGCACUGGGGGUGUCUGCUUCCUCGUUGGACUUUGAACCGUCCUCCGGGAGUGUGACACUGGAGUCAGGAGUGACUGUAGCAUUCAUUGAGAUCAGUAUUGUCAACGACCCUGAACCUGAGAUGGAUGAGACAUUUGAGGUGACAUUGCUGAGUGGAGUAGGUGGGGCCACUAUUGGGGAGCCCUCCUCCGUCCUAGUAGCCAUCCUUAGCAACGAUGACAUCAAUGGAGUUUUCUCUUUCACUGACACCAGCUUAUUGUUUCUCAUCCCUGAGAGCACUAGUCCAACUGACCCGAUGGGUGUUGUCACUCUGACAGUGCAACGUACGAUAAACUUUGUGGGUGUAGUCAAUGUCUACUGGGAGGUAAACGAGGACGGACUCAUGGACCUUGAACCCACAAGCGGCAAUCUCACAUUUGCACCACCCACAGCCUCACAAAGCUUCACAGUGCGAUCAGUCAACGAUGGCCUACCAGAGCAGUUCGAAGCAUUCUCCGUUAGUCUUGUUCGUACGGAGGGAGGGGGUAGAAUCAUUGACCCACGAGAGGCCCGGAUCGCCAUCCAAUCCAGUAACGAUCCCAGUGGAGUGGUCGGGUUCAUCCCCUACCCUCAGGGGAUUAUUGCCAAUGAAGGGGCGGAGAUACGAGUGGGCGUGUUCAGGAGUUCUGGGACGCAAGGAACCGUCACUCUGACAUGGAGCAUGAGUCCUCCGGAUAAUACUGUGUUCCUCAUCACCACGGAUACUGUUGUGUUCACUGAUGGCCAAUCAGAAGCUACCUUUGCCAUACGAACUCUCUCUGACACAACUCCCGAGGUGGCCCGCCUCUUCUCACUGGAUAUAGUCUCCGCCUCUCUGGCCAGUAUUGACGUCAACUCCACCCACAUUGACCUCAUCGUUGCCGCUAGUGAUGACCCACAUGGAGUGAUCCAGUUUUCCGUGGGUGCACUAAGUGUGGUGGAGGGUGAGGCGAGUGUGCCCGUGACUGUUGUGAGGGGGGAUGGUCUCGUGGGCGAUAUACGAGUGAACUUUGACCUUCAACUCGGCAGUGCUGACCAGAAUGACUUCAAUAUUUCUUCCCAAUAUCUCCUCCUGUCCUCCGGACAACCUCAAGUCAGUCUCUCACUGAUCGUAAUCGAUGACCCACUUCCUGAAGCUGCCGAAACCUUUACUAUCUCCCUCACAUCUGUCGAGUUGCAGGGAAACGAUGGAAGAGAUUUCGAAUUCUCCGGUGACCCGUCUCUAAUUGACCAACCUCCGAGGAUUGGUGCCACAAGUCAAGUAACCGUGACAAUUGAACCCUCUGACGACCCCUUUGGUUCCAUCACUCUCACCAGCUCCUCAUACAGUGCUAACGAGGGGGGCAUGGCACGUAUAUCCCUUUCCAGGACGGGGGGAACACUGGGCGUCGCCACUGCUACCUACACCACGAGUGAUGGCACGGCUACCUCCCCUGCCGAUUAUCAGCAAGCCUCGGGCAGUGUACAAUUUGCCGCUGGAGAGACAUCAACAUCUGUUCUUAUUCCAAUCGUGGAUGAUACCACGCCUGAGCUUGAAGAGAGUUUCACUUUCACAUUGACAGACUCUACAAGCGCUGCUCUCGGCUCUAUCACUAUGGCAACUGUCAUCAUAGCGGCAAGUGACUCACCAUUUGGUAUUGUUGGAUUCGCAGAAGAUGUGGUAUUGAAUGGAAUACAAUUGCCCAAUCCAACGAUAGCCGACGGCCCUACGUCCGUUACCCUGGCUAUGUCCCGAGUGGGCGGGACAGUGGGAACCACCGAGAUCACAUGGGAGGUCAGAAGGUCAAGCAAUGGGGAAUUCCCCCGAGAUGACAUCACACCUAUUUCUGCUGUGCUAGUACUCAGUGAUGGUCAGGCUAUGAGCUCCAUCACUCUCGACGUGUUGCCUAGCGACGAGGACGAAGUGGAAGAGACUUAUAUAGUGACAUUUGUGCUUGCGUCCAAUAACGUACUUGUGAACUCUGGCCUUUCUUCUGUCGCGAUCACUGUGGCACAGAUGGGCAACCCUCAGGGAAUUGUCAGUUUUGUCGGAGAUGCUCUCAGUGAUCAAAGGGUUAAUGAAGGGAGCACCCUCUCGUUACCAGUCACACGUACAGGAAGUGCCGAGCUGGAGAUAUCCGUUAGUUACAUUGUAACACGGCUAAGUGGGAGUGGUCUUGUGAGCGCAGAGGUUAGCCCAUCUACUGGUAGUGUUGUAAUGCCUCUGGGAAUAUCUCAAGUGAACCUUGACCUCUCCAUCAUCGCUGACGAGGUGCCGGAAUUGGACGAGGGUUUCCAAGUGACACUGACCGGUACCAAUGCUGUGGGAGUGGGCGUCGACCCUCAGGCCAACACCGCCCCCUUCACUAUAUCUUUAAAUGACUCUCCAUUUGGUCUCUUCUCUCUCUCGGCUGCCGUGGUGACGGUGGACUCCACCCAGCCUCUAGUUUCGCGCUCACUCCGCUACACCAUUCAGAGGAGUCUGGGAAACAUUGGGGACGUGACUGUUACCAUUAGCAACACCUUUACGGACACGUCUAUUGGGUAUGUUCCCUCUAUCGUGACGAGAGUGGUGCCCUCAGGCACUGCCUCCCUCGUCAUUACACUGGGUAUAGCGCAGGGUUCCUUCUUAGCACCAGGGUCAGAGUUCACCUCUACGAUCACUAGCGCUAUCUUGGCAACACCCGUUGAAUUCACCGGCCAAUCGGCUGACAUUGUGGACGCAGCUACAGUGGCUGUGGUGGGCUCUGAUGUAUCCAACACUCUCAUUUCCUUGGAACCUGGUUCACUCUCAGCUGCUGUGAAUGACGUAGAUGGCAGUGUGUUGCUCACUGUGACACGUGUGGGCGUGCUGGACACUGUGGACGUCCAAUGGAGUGUCGGCUCCCUCGUGGGGGGUGCUCUGACUCCGUCCACUGGAGUAGUAACACUACUACCCACUCAGGCUGCUGCUGUCAUCUCUCUAUCAGCCACACCUACUAUUCCUCACGGUCUGGCUGAGGUAUUCUCGGUCACUCUCACUGCUCAGUCACGUUCGACCAGUUUCCCUACGCAAGUGGAUCAGAAUGCUGACACAGCAUUGAUUGAGCCAUGGGGGGUGCUACAACUUGGAGGCAGCGAGUUCUCAGGGGUCGAAGGUCGUAUGGCAACCAUUUUAGUUUGGAGGAGGUUUGGCUCAGUAGGAGAGAUCACAAUAACCGGUGUAGCCUCAAUAGCCACUAGUAUUCCAUCCAAUCGGAUCGCAGCAACACCUGGUAUCGAUUUCCCGGUGACCCCUCAGUCUGUAACCAUGGGAGAUGGACAAACCAUCGGCUAUAUUAACAUUUCACUACCGAAUAAUAUCGUUUCUUCUUCGCUCAAAGUUUUCACAUUCACUCUGACCUCUGUGAGCAGAACCACGCCCACAGGAAGUGACUCAUCCCCUCGUCUCUCAACAAGCAAUCUGAUUGGUCAGGGGACAAUCGUAGACGACGAAGGCGGUGCUGGCGUGUUUAGUUUAAGUCCUAAUAUAGCGAGUGUUUCCGAGGGGGGUGUGCUAUCGUUCACUGUGAGGCGUGAAGGUGGGUCUGCGGGGGCGGUGAGUGUACUCGUGAUGACAGUGGAGGGUGAAGCUAGUGAGGGGGUGGACUACACAGCGCUGAGUCAGCAGUUGGAGUUUAGCGACGGAACUACUGAAAGAUUACUGACUGUGCCAAUUCUGGACGAUAGCAUUCCAGAGGGAGACGAAGGGUUCAGAGUUCAACUGGUUGAAGGGGGUGGUUCGCUUGUGGAUCCUGUCAAUGGUGUGCUUGAUGUGAUCAUUCCGUCCAAUGACAACCCAGGAGGUGUCUUUACAAUCUCCACACCCUCACCCCUCACACUGGUGGACGUCACUACUCCCAUGGCAACCAUUACCGUCACGAGGAGCGGCGGACUCAUUGUACCUGUAGUCAUCAAUUGGGAGGCAGUCUAUACCGACUCUGGAGUUCACGAACCUAUUGCUAACUUUGUAAGCAUGCCCAAUGGGCGUAUCAACUUCCUGUCCGGUCAGAUGCGUCCUGACAUUGACAUACAGCUGGCACUACGUCCCAACUUAGUACCAGCUGAAGGUGAGACAUUUGUCCUCCGCAUAUCCUCCCCAACCCCCGGCAUUGUCCUGGAAACAACGGAGAUCACAGUCAUGGCUCAACCUCGACCCGUCUCUGUGUUUACAAUAGUACCGUCAACCAGAACGCAGGUCGUCACUUCUCCAGGACCUGUUUCCAUUACAAUAAAGCGAACCGACGGACUUCAAUUGACCUCAACCGUCAUCUACAACACUCAUACUCUGAAUCAAGUUGCCACUGUUGGAGAUUUGACAUUUGAAGUGGCCCAGCCUGGAGUACACUUUGCUGCAAUAGAGAAUGCACCUGUGACCUUUGCACCUGGCGACCAGUCGAAGACCGUGUCUCUAUCAGUGAUAUCAGUACCAAGCACUCCUCUUGCCUUCUUCAUGGACAUCAGCAUCCAGGGAACAGGUAUGGUUUCUGAUGAGGCGGUGAUCGUGGUGAUGCCGGCCAACCCUCUGAGCAAUAUCCACUCUCUCUACUUCCAGUCCCUCAUCAUCAACAGCACUACAGACUUGGAGGAGGUGUCCACAUCCCUGACAACUACUGUAACAACAUUAAAUGGAGCCGACAACGACCAAACAAAUACUCUACGACUCACCGUGGACCAACUCAUCGUCACAUCCACCACCCUCACCAUUAAUACGAACAUUGACAACUUUGUAUCCAAUAUGCUCAAUGUAUUCAACUUCAUUCUCACUGAUCCUUCUUUUAUGGGUCAAUCUCUGUUUGUCCAAUCAAUGAAGAGCUUUGCGUACAGCCUGGUCGAAGGGGAAACCUGCCCUACUAGCAAUACGGAGGUACUGAAGAGUUAUUCAAGACCAGCAUUUGUUUUGGAGGCACUAAAGAUACGCCCAUCGUUGCUGACCAGCCGACAGUUUAUGUCCAGUGACAGUUCAGAUUACAUCCAGUUCCCCUCUCAAGGCCUUACCACUUCUCAGACUUGUGUGACUGUCCACUUUAUUGAAUUCUUGGAUGACCAAAUCUUCGGUCAGCCAACAUUCAAAUCAAAGGUCAUGUCAGUUGGUGUAGCCAAUCGUGAUAUUCAGUUGACUUCAGAAGACCCUAUUCUCCUGCGUCUGCACACCUCUCAAACCGUGGGAAUCGUCCCAGAUACUGAUUCUGCUAAUAGCGAUGACUGCAUCCAUUGGUCAUACCCAUCGAGUGUCACGCCCACUGGUGAGUGGAGCAGUGAUUUCUGCUACCCUGUAACAGAGUACAGCAACGUUCUACUGGAGGACUCUAUCCUCUGUGCCUGCAGGCAGUUUGGAGACUUGGCAGCUGCUACCGAUAUCAGACUGGGCUAUGCUUGGACCUGGCCGGCCGGGCUCUCAGCUGGUUUUGUACUGAUCGUUAUGGUGCUGAUAAUGAUGGUCCACCUCUGUUACUUGUCUCGUACUCAGCUAGCCACUAGGAUCCUCAUCUGCCUCUGUCUGUCUGUCUUCCUGUUUCAGUUGAUGCUGCUCAUUGACGUGUUUGCAUCACGCUCUUCCACCCUCUCUGCUGACGGGUGUGUGGCUCUCGGGGCUCUCCUCCACUUCACCAUUGUCCUGCAGUUUGUCUGGAUCAUGGCUCUCGCGUUGGCCCUAUGGGUAAACUUUAUGGGCUUCACUGACGGGAGAGAACCAUUGAUUGCAUACGUUGUUUCCAGCUGGGGGUUGUCGAUUGUAGUAGUCGUGCUGACCAUUCUGAUUGGUCGGUUUGCCGUCCCCCUCUCCAACACAGAGCUCUACUCCCACACUAAUGGAGACCUAUGCUUCAUCCCGUCAUUACCUGUCUCCCUUCUCUCUGUGGUGCUACCAGUAGUACUGGCUAUGCUAGUUGUCAUUGCUUUCCUCUCUCACUCGUGUGUGUACUGGUCUCGCUGGGAGGAUUAUCACAACAUCUACCAUGACUCGUUCAAUCGGACCGAGAUACCUCUCCUUCUGAUCUUCUUUGCUCUCAUAUUCUUCACUGGUCUGGCUGGCUACCUUCAUGUCUACGUGACUGUGGUGUACACCUACGGUGCCUUUGUGGCCCUCAAUGUCAUUCAGGGUGUGUAUGCACUGAUAGUGUACUUCUUUGUGAGCUGGCACACGUUGACACGGAAACACAAGAAGUUUGUACUUGGUGACGAAGUGGAGCCUCUUUCAGUGCCAGAGGAGCCCGACUACCUCGCCUCCAUGAACAACCUCUCCACCUCUCGUCAUAAGAUGGACCCUCAGGAUGAGUGGGCAGACUUCGACAAGGAUUCCGAUAUGACCCCAGUGCUGGGCGUCGGCAUGAACCGUUACAAUGACGACAUGGGAAGCCAAGCCAGUGUGUCGGAGAGCCAAGGUGACUCUCAUCUGGACGACCUCAUGUUCAUACUCAAGACGCAGACCUAUCAGUCCGACAAAGACGGGUCAAAGGUCGCCUCCAAUCGACCCAAGGGGGCAGAGCACUUAGAACUGAGACGUAUAUCCAUAGCGGACACACAUCUGUAGUUAUAAUUAUAAUAACCACACUCCCUCACCAGCAUGCCUGUAGAUAAUUAUAUUGUCUGCAUCUAUUUUUUAGAAAAAUAAUUACUUUUAAUUUGUUAACUGUUCAUAAUUAUAAUAAUUAUAUUAAAUUGGUAA